UGAAGCUCCUGGGACUGGAUACUAGCACAGUAUCACUUCUGCCCGUGCAAGAUGUCCAGAUGACAGGUGGGCUUGAAGUCCACCCCCCACCCACAGAGCAAGAACCAGUCGGGCAACUUUAGGGCUCUAUAUAAGUCAUGCUAUCACCCUGAUGAAGUAAACAAGAUAUUACCAUUCGCCAUUAGGAUACAGAUCAGCAAGAAGACAACCCUGGCCAUCACAGCUGCAUCAUGAAGAAGCUUCUUGUGCUCCUCACACUUUUCUCACAGCAUGAUGGUGCAGCUUGUGGAAGACCAAUAAUAUUACAAAGAAUCGUAGGAGGAGAAGAUUCGGAAAUUGGAAAAUGGCCAUGGCAGAUCAGCCUGCAGAUGGGAGGUUCUCCCGUGUGCGGCGGGACGCUUGUCGCCAACUCCUGGGUGUUGACAGCGGCUCAUUGCUUUGUGAAGCCGAUAAAUACCAAACACUACACCAUGUACUUUGGCGUUCAUCAGCUAUUGGGCCUGCAGCAGCCUGGAAUUGAGGUCAGAGCAGCAAAAAAAAUCAUAAUACACCCCGACUUUACAGACGAAGGAUCUGGCAGAGACAUUGCCCUGGUGCAGCUGGAGAAACCGAUCGAUUUUACCCCCUCUAUACUUCCCAUCUGUCUACCAUCUGCGUCUAUGAACCUUUCAGAGGGAACCACGUGCUGGGCAACAGGAUGGGGUGAAGUCAAUGAUGGGGAGCCACUGGCCAAACCUAAGACUCUCCAGGAGGUCCAGCUCGCUCUGAUAGACAAUAAGAACUGUGAAUCCAUGUACCAGACCAGCUUGGGCUAUAACCCCAAUUUCAAGCUAAUCAAAAAUGACAUGAUGUGUGCCGGAUACAAGGAAGGAAAGAAAGAUACAUGCCAGGGUGACUCCGGUGGACCCCUUGUCUGCAGUGUCAAUGGUGUCUGGGUCCAGAUGGGAAUUAUCAGCUGGGGUGUUGGAUGUGCCGAGCCCAGUCAGCCUGGAAUCUACACAAGUGUCCAAUAUUACCUGCCCUGGAUUCAGACAUUUGUUACAUCCCUGGAGAAGAUUGAUGAUCUGGAGAAUGUUUACCUAGUGCAAAAGGUCGACACAUCUCCAAACAACAGCAACCAUAGUGAUAUUUUAUUUGACCCAAACUAUGUGGAGAGCGGUAACAGUACUGAGCCCAAGAUGCAAUUUCUGGUCGGCAAUGGAGCCCCCAUGAAUUUGUGGUCAAUGACCAAUUCCAUGCUUAUCCUCUUGGGUCUCAUGCUUCAUCUGUAGUUCAACCAACUUCACCACCACUAGAACCACCGCUGCCACUACUUUAUUGGAAGGACGGAACUCUUAACCAUGAUGGUCUUCAUAAGUCUAUACUUACAUGUUGUCUAGACCCUACAUGAUCUCCACCACAUUAUCCACCGCUAUCUAAAGGACGAGACUCUUCACCAUGAUGGUCUUC